CGAUCAGUCAUAGAAGGGUACACGUGAAAUGACGGUGAAUAAAGUAUUAGUAGGUAACGACCAAAUGUCCGAAGAGAUUGCUACAAAAAGAGAUGAGUCUGCCGCCGAUCGUGUCACCGAUGGUGUUGCAGGGACUCCUAAAGAGGCGGCCCUUAGAGCUUUAAUGGAAAGAACGAAAUACCCGAUAAAACAAUGUAAUGGUCAAAGACGCUACGGUCCUCCUCCAGGCUGGGAUCGACCGGCGCCUCCACGAGGAUGCGAGGUCUUUGUUGGGAAAGUUCCUCGAGAUCUCUAUGAAGAUGAGCUCGUGCCGGUAUUUGAGAAACUAGGAAAGAUUUACGAAAUCCGCCUUAUGAUGGAUUUCAACGGACAAAAUCGCGGCUAUGCUUUCGUUGUUUACACAAAUCGAGAAGACGCCAAGAAAUGUAUCAAGACGAUGAACAAUUAUGAAAUAAGAAAGGGGAAAUGUGUUGGAGUAUGUUCUUCUGUUGAUAAUUGUAGAUUAUUUGUCGGUGGUAUUCCUAAGAAAGUAAAGAAGGACGAGAUUUUUGCUGAAGUGUCCAAAGUCACCGAGUGUGUCGUUGAUGUUAUAGUGUAUCCAUCAGCACAGGACAAAACCAAGAAUCGUGGCUUUGCUUUUGUGGAGUAUUCAAGCCAUCGGGACGCUGCCAUGGCAAGAAGAAAGUUAAUGAGUGGAAAAAUACAAUUGUGGGGACAUCAAAUCGCUGUGGAUUGGGCUGAGCCGGAGCAAGAAGUCGAUCAAGAUAUAAUGGACCAGGUGAAGGUCUUGUACGCCAGAAACCUUCUUUUAAGCACCACAGAGGAAACAAUUGAAGAGGCUUUCAGUAAGUUCGGCGAAGUAGAACGAGUGAAAAAGAUCAAAGACUACUGCUUUAUUCACUUCAGAACGAGAGAGCAAGCAAGAGAAGCUUUGGAGGAAAUGAACGGUAGUAAACUUGAUGGAAAUGAAAUUGAAGUAACAUUAGCAAAACCAGUCGACAAGGACCACCGUCAAGCAAAGCUUGCUGCAAAGGCAAUGAUGUCAGCAUAUAAUUACAUGCCUUAUGAUUAUUCGCCAGCUUUUGUGUAUCCAUACAGUAAUCCUUAUAUGGCAAUCCCUCCGCAUAACCAGAUGACCAAUGGAGUUGGAAGAGCAGCAGCUGCAACAGGGUACAGUCCAGGAAGAUCAAGGGGGCGGGGACGCACUGCAGCUGGUAGUCGAUCAGCAGGAAAUAAAUACUACUUUCCAGGAAGUCCACUAAUGUUUAAAGGGUAUUAUGGUGGCCCCCCUGGACGAGUUGGUUACUAUGGUGAUGGGGCAAGAAAAGGACAGGGACAAGAGGAACCAAUGUAUGACCUUCUUCCUGGGAUGGAAUUGACACCAACAAAUCCUUUAACAUUGAAACCUAAUGCUCUCAAGUCUCCAGCACAGGUAAAGAGGCUAUUAUUUAUUAGGACUUGUGUACCCCUUUAUUUUCUUUAA